GUUUUAAUUAAAAUGCAAAGCACUUUUUUAACAAAUAUAAACCUUCCUCCUGAAAUAUUUAUUGAAGUUUGCUCAUUUUUAUCACCAGCUGAGUUGAUAACAUUAUCUCAAGUAUGUCGUGUAUUUCGUGGAUAUUUAUGUGCCCCAAAUUCUUUGACUACUCAAGAAAUAUGGAAGAAAUCUCGUUUACAAUUUAUUCCAAAAGAAGAUAUACCUCCACCGAAAGGAAUGAGUGAAGAAAAAUAUGUUCAAUUAUUAAUGAUAGAAAGAGGUUGUCAAGUUUGUAAGCGUAUUAAGGAAUGUAAAAUAUAUUGGGAAUUUGCAAUUAGAUGUUGUCAUAAAUGCUAUUCAAUUAAAACCGUUACUCGAUUUGAAUUGACUAGAAUUAAUUGUCCAACAGAAUUCAUUAGUAUUUUACCAUACACCCACGUCGGAUUUAUUGUAUGUAGCAAAUAUUAUUGGAUAGAGCAAGUAGAUCUUGCAUAUUAUCAUUAUUAUAAUUUAUCAAAAUCUAAGAAAAAAAUUUGGUUGAAAAAUAGAAAGCGUAUAUUUGAUUCUAUAAUGAAUUAUGUUAAACAACGUGAAUUACGUGAAUAUAAAGAAAGAUCUUUUUUUAGAAAUUGGUUUUUUUUUCCUCAUAAUUGUGAUAUGCCAAUUAAUUCAUCAGAAAGUAGAUUUUCACCUCCACCUCUUCCACCUUCCCCACCUUUGUUCAGAUUUUUCGCUAAUGAUAUACCUCAAUUAAUUCAAUAUCAUAUUCAGAGACUUGAAUAUGAAUCUUCUGAACCUACUUUAAGAAUUAAUGAACAAAAAGGAGAUAAAAAGGUAAAUUUUGUCAAAACUAGAAAAGGGGGCAAAAAAGAAUUACAUAAUUUUAAUAUGAAGGGAAAAAAUUUUAAAAAUAAAUUUGCUUUUAAAUAUGGUUAGAUAAUUAGGGCAGUGACAUUUAUUAUGUAAUAUCCAUUCCUUAAACCCACCCCACGUAAUAUAU